UGUGAUCGAAAUUCUUAUGAGAUUGCCAGCAACCUCCCUCAUGAGGUUCAAGUGCGUCUCAAAGCAGUGGUCAUCCCUCAUCUCUUGUCGAUAAUUUUGCAACCGUUUAUUUACUACCGUCACACUCACACGACAACACAACAACAACCACGUCUAUACAUGUGUUUAGUGACGAAAGACAACCAAGGUCUACUACUAUCAUCAACGUCACCGGACAACACUUCUUUUGUAGUCGUCCACCAAGAUUUGAGCAUCCCAGGGAUCGGAGGCUACUUCUUGGACGCUGUUCCUGGCUUGAUGUGUUUCCAAUUCAGAACAAAGGCGUGUAUCUAUAACCCUAGCACCAAACAAAUCUUGACCUUACCCUCCGUAAAAUCCGACAUCACAGCUCAACAAGGUCAACUGAAGAGUACCCAAUACGUUAUUGGACGCGAUCCUGUUAAUGAUCAAUACAAACUAUUCUGCACUAUUGAGAUAUCCUCGCAAUGGUUUGCAAACAUGAGGUCAGAGCAUUGGGUCUUCACACUAGAAGCUAGAGGUUCCUGGAAAAAGGUUGUUCCACUGGGAGAUUAUCAUCCCCAUGCUCCUGCCACAGCAGGACGGUCUAUCCAUGGAGUAGUACAUUAUCUAGCCUGGGUUGAUUUGUACAAUUGUGCGGUUGUGAGUUUCGACAUUAUGUCUGAAGAGGUUACUACCUUCCUAUUACCUCAGAAAAUCAGGGAUGUGCCUGUGCCUGCACUGAUGAUGAAGGCGGAUCUUAUAGAGUAUGAUGGAAAAUUAGCUAUUUUCAAUCAUAGCUACCUUAAAGACGAGUGUUCCGUGGAUUUAUGGGUAUUGAAAGACGCUGGGAUGAAGAAAUGGUCCAAUAAGAGGCUGGUUUUGCAGCCUUGCCAAAGGCAUUUAGUCCAUGACAUUGAUUUGAUCGUAAAAGGUACAACUCAAGACGGCAAGGUUAUGCUGGCACCGUUGGAGAUGUGUUCUCAAUUCUACAUUCUGUUUCAUGAUGUGCAAAGCAAUGAUUUGAGAAAGGUUGAAAUCAAAGGAGUGCCACGCCUUUGGUUCCAUAAAGAAUGCUAUUUUGACUUGAAGUUUGUGGAUGAGAGUGAGAGCUUCAUCUACGUGGAAAUUUGACUAAUACUAUAUAUUGACUUUAAUUUGUUUGUGUAGCAGAUACGAAUACAGUUUAGUCAAGUUAUUUUUA